AUGGAGUGUGUGACAGCCACCACCAGUUCUGGCAUUCAAGGGCGCAUCUACGUGGAUGAGGUCUCCGAUCUCUCGCACACUUGCGGCAAACCAGCUGCUGCCAAGGCAUCUAUUCUGGAGGCGCUUUCUUUCCAGAUUCCCACGUUGGGAGCAGGAGGUCACAGCACGGCGACAGCAUCGCAUUCCAAUAAGGGUUUGGGUGAAGCUACGAUGUCUCCGAAACUCAUGGCCUAUCCUUCUAGACGGAUUCGUCGGUUGGAGGCCUUGGCUAGGAAUGGAGUGUCUUGUGGUCUGGUAGCCAUCAUCCUCUUCUUCAUCAUUGAAGUGCAGAUUCUCUCCUCAAGCAUCGAUCAUAUCCCUCGAAAACAACUGCAACUCAUUGAAGAAGGUGAAGUAAAAGAGUACAAAAUUGGGAUGGAGAAUACGAUUCCCUCGACAGUGUGUCGAUGGCCGCCGUCGGAGAUUGGAAAUAUUGUGGUGAAGGAGGUCUUCAAUAUCACCCUCUGUGUGCGAGGUUCGUUGCAACCACGAAGGCGUAAACGGACAAAAGCAUAUACGCUGAAUGAACUCUUUGGGUUAUCGAAAAUGACGGGAUCCUUUGCCUUUGACGAGUUCAGUUUGCUGCCGCGGCGAUUUUGGGGAAGAAUGAGGGUUCCGGAGGCCUAUCUAACCUACCCUCAGGAUGUUCCCAUGACGGACGUUGUUGAGGGCAUUAAAAGGGGCCUUCCUGUGCUCGAGCCCAACAUCCCCAAUGCACCAACUCCAGAUGUUCUGUAUUCGUCUUCACUGCAACAAGCUGAUGUGACACAUGUUGCAUUUCAGAUGCCAGAUUACAACUUCCCAAUUACAAUUCUCAGUGCACCAAAGUCGGCAUGCCGAGAGGGUGAACAGUACGACCUCGUAGUAGUUUUCAAGAGCGCACUGCUGGCGUGGAAUGCACGAUCGUCCAUUCGUGAAUACAUGCAUUAUGAGAAAAGCCGAGGCAGUGGAAUGAAAGUAGGUGUGGUUUUUAGCGUGGGUUUGCCCAGGAAGCACGGUGGCAGGAUGUUUGAUCGUGAUGGUGAAGUGAUCAGUCUGCCAGGUUCGGCUGGAGACCUGCUGGAAAUGUACGAUGGUCGAGAGGCGGAGGUGAUGGCGCGUAUCUACAAAGAAAUGCAAAUGUGCGACGACAUCCUGCUGGCAGACUACGAAGACACGUACUACAACCUCACUUGGAAAACCGUCACCAAUUACCGGUGGAUGUCGGCAUUUUGUAGAGUGGAAGAUGUCAAGCUCUUCAUGACCAUGGAUGACGACCAUCGAGUAAAUCUCUCCAUGGUGGCUGCCUUCUUGAACCGUGUUCCACAAUACACAAGACGCAAUUCCAUCUUCGGAUCUGUGGCCAGGAGAGACUUUGCUCACCGAUCGCCUCGCAACAAAUUGUACCUCUCCUUUCGCGAAUUUCCGUGGGACCGCAUGUACCCUUACGCAAGAGGAUUUGCCCAAUUAGUUGGGCCCGACAUUGUUGCCGACAUCGCGAUCGCGACAGCCUACACCCGAUACAAUUACGCGCCUGAAGAUGUUUACAUAGGAAUGGUUGCCUUGAAGCUUGGAAUUCCCAUCUACGAGGAGGCGACCAUGUAUGAUCAUGACCUCUACAGAAGACGUAAUAGGAAAAGACGUCCAGCUAUGAUUGCUUUGGCUGAGUACUUCCCAACAACCUGA